AUGGCACUGCCGUCCUCGCCUGCAAGCACAACCCAUCACCCGCCUCGCAUCUCCUCCAUCUCCUCCUCCUGCUGCCCGCCGUCGCCAUUCCCCCUCCAGAUUCAGACUACCAGCCGCCCUACAACCCCUGCGGGCGCGCCAUAUCUUCUUCGUGUUGCCACUGCUUCUUCCACUGCCAGUAGCACAAGAAGUCGAAGUCGAGGUCGUUGGCACCUGCCGCCUCCAGCUGCCCUCCCCGACCCCCAAUCCGCUGCGGCGCUACUCCUCGCCGCCGCCGGGACAGUUGGUGCCGCCAGCCUCCUGCUCCGCUCCUCCUCCUCAUCCGCCUCCGCCUCACAGCAGCAGCAACAGGAGGAACAAGAACAAGUAGAGGGAGAGGAGUGCCCGGACUGCGGCGGGACCGGGCUCUGCGGCCGCUGCAAAGGAGAGGGCUUCGUCUUCAAGCAGCUCUCCGAGGAGACGGCCACCAAGGCGCGCAAGGCCGCCAAGAACAUGGCCACCAGAUACACCGCCGGGCUGCCCACCAAGUGGACCUACUGCAACAAGUGCUCCUCCACCCGCUCCUGCACAACCUGCCGAGGCUCCGGCAGAAUCAUCACCACACCUGUCACCUAG